UUUCCUGACUGAGACGCUAAGCAGUAGCUUCGUAAGUAAGUUUUCUCUCCGGAGCUAGACCUUUCGAGUUUUCUUUUUGUUGACACGUUUCUCUGUGACCUGGUGACUGGGGUCUUCUGGGGGCCCGCGUCCCUGUUACCUUCGCCCAAAGCGAAAGGACAAGCCCUCUGCUGAGCAGACUUGAACUGAGGUAGGAGCUGAGGCGCCGGCCCCCGCGCCGGGACACCCCGCCGGGACACCAUGGCCGUGUCCACCCAGCAGCUGGCGGAGGAGCUCCAGAUCUUCGGCCUGGACUGCGAGGACGCUCUAAUGGAGAAACUGGCAGAGCUGUGUGUUCUGUACAGACAGACUGAGGAGGGAAUGGUAAGUGAGCUCAUUGCCUUCUGCACCAGCACGGGGAAAGUGUGCCUUACUCCAGAGAUCCUGAGCUCUUUUGAACACGAGGUUCUAAACAAAAAAUUAUCCAAAGCCUGGCACAGUGCCUCCAAAGACAGUGGCCAUGCAGGAGCCAGAGACAUUGUUUCUAUACAAGAGCUGAUUGAAGCGGAGGAAGAAGAGGAGACCCUUUUGAACUCUUACACCACACCCUCUAAGGGUCCUCAUAAGCGAACUAGCAGCACCCCAGAAACCCCCCUAGUGAAAAGGAGUGUCUCUACUCGUAGCCCACAUCAGCUUCUCUCUCCAUCAAGUUUCUCCCCGAGUGCUACCCCUUCCCAGAAAUACAGCUCCAGAACCAACCGAGGAGAAGUGGUCACCACCUUUGGCUCAGCACAAGGCGUGUCCUGGUCCGGGAGAGGAGGCUCUGGAAGUGUCAGCCUGAAGGUCAUAGGGGACCCAGAGCCACUCACGAGCAGCUACAAAUCCAUGUUUCAGAAGCUCUCAGAUAUUCGUGAAGUUCUGACCUGUAAAAUAGAAGAGCUUGGCAGUGAACUGAAGGAGCAUUACAAGAUUGAGGCUUUUACUCCUCUUCUAGAACCAGCACAGGAGCCUGUCAUCCUGCUGGGCCAGAUUGGAUGUGACAGCAAUGGGAAGCUGAACAGCAAGUCAGUGAUUCUCGAGGGAGACCGGGAACACUCCUCAGGCACUCAGAUUCCAGUGGAUCUGUCCGACCUCAAGGAAUAUUCUCUCUUUCCUGGGCAGGUUGUAAUUAUGGAAGGAUUCAACACCACUGGUAGGAGACUUACUGCCACCAAACUCUAUGAGGGUGUGCCGCUUCCAUUCUAUCAGCCCACUGAAGAGGAUGGAGAUUUUGAGCAAACUAUGGUUUUAGUUGCCUGUGGGCCUUAUACCACUUCUGACAGCAUCACAUACGAACCCCUGCUUGAUCUGAUCACCAUCAUCAACCAUGACCGGCCAGAUGUCUGUAUCCUGUUUGGACCUUUCCUGGAUGCUAAACACGAGCAGGUGGAGAACUGUCGGCUGACAAGCCCAUUUGAAGAUGUUUUCAAACAGUGCCUGAGAACCGUUAUCGAAGGAACAAGAAGCUCCGGCUCCCACCUUGUCUUUGUCCCAUCUCUGAGGGAUGUGCAUCAUGAACCAGUAUACCCACAGCCACCUUUUACCUUCUCGGAGCUGCCUCGAGAGGACAAAAAGCGAGUACAGUUUGUGUCAGAGCCCUGCAGCCUCUCCAUAAAUGGAGUGAUGUUUGGCUUGACAUCCACAGACCUGCUGUUCCACAUUGGGGCUGAGGAGAUCUGUAGCUCUUCUGGGACUUCAGACAGAUUCAGCCGAAUCCUCAAGCAUAUCCUGACACAGAGAAGCUACUACCCACUCUACCCGCCCCACGAGGACAUGGCCAUAGACUACGAGAAUUUCUAUACCUACGCCCAGCUGCUGGUCACCCCUGAUGUCUUCAUAGUGCCAUCGGAGCUGAGGUACUUUGUGAAGGACAUCCUUGGCUGUGUCUGUAUGAAUCCUGGGCGACUCACCAAAGGACAAGUGGGUGGCACCUUCGGCCGCCUCUACCUCAGGAGGCAGCCUGGGGCCACGGACACUAAAGGCAGGCAGGGCCUGAGUGUGGCCGCGCAGGUCGUCAGAAUCUGAGUCUUCAGCCUAGGUCGUGUGGCCUCACAGACACCAAGAGCCCAGGUACAACCCUCUGAUGACCAGACUAUUGGAGCACCUGACAAGGAUAGGGACAGGACUGCAGGGCUGGGGCCCCUGUGCUGUUGGGCCUAGAUCUGAAUCAUGCAUCUCACCUCUCUUCUUGCUUCACAAGGGAUGUAGGGUGUCAAGAAGUGAACCAUCUAUGGAGACAGCCUGCCCAGAAAGGCAGAAAAACUUAAUGAUUUUCUGUAUAAAUCAAACA